UAACUAGGAGAGUGGUCUUUAAAAGUAGCCGGAAACAAGGUUUUUCCUCACUCUCUCCUCCUGUCCAAGUCUGUCACCUACAGAUGUGUCUCUGUUAAAGGAAGUUAACUGAAAAUGGGGAAUUGCACACACAGGUCUAUGGCAGCAAAAAGACAUCGGAAAAAACAACCCCUCAAUAAGAGGAAUGCUGAGUUUCUGAACACAAACGGGUAGUUCUUGCAAUACCACUCAUUCAUACACAAAGUAUGCAGAAUUAGGUGAAGGCGCUUUAGUAUAGUAUAGAUUCUGCAUGCUGUAUUUAUCCUUGUCUUAUUCUGCUGUGGCAAAGAAGAUGUGCAUGUAUGUGCACUCAGUUCCUUGUUGCUGUGCAGUGUGAUGUCUUUGUAUAUGAAAAAGCACUUUGAAAGAGGAUUUGCAAGGUUAAAUUUGGUAUGAAAUCAAGGAUAGGAGGAAGAGGACAAAAUAUGAUGGAAUAUGGUAUAAUAUGGUAUAAUUCCCAGAAAGUUUAAAGAUUUUACCUGUACACUUGCAUAGUUAUUACUUGUCUUUCUGAUACACAUAACUAACUAGGGAACUGAAACUAGGUUAGGCACGCCAAUGAACAGAAUGACUAGGGGAGAGUUUAGAACUAAAACUGUGUAGCACCACUAAUGUCACCUCUCGGUUUUUAUGUUGCUGUUGUUAAAAUAAGCUGCUUAAAUUCCUUCAGUGCCUAAUGGCUGACUUUGGGGAGUUUUAUUAGUUACAUUGUAGAAAAGCAGUUGUUUUGGGUUGGAUUCAUCUGGGUUAACGGAGAUGAAUCAUCCAAAGUCAACAAAGGGUUUUCAGUAAUGAGCUCUGCAUGGACUCGUGGACGUUGGCAAGCAACAGGAAUCCAGCUUUUGCAGCACUUAAGAUAUUUGAGAAACUAAUUGCCAGGCUUGCUUAAUAGUUGGUGUAAAAUGGUGGUGUCCUGUUCUGGCAGUAUGUGUGGCAGCAAAACACUCUUUGAUGUGACAUUUGCAGAGCUCAGUUUAAAUAUGAAGUGAGUCAUGUGGUGUGUUGGCACGCUAGAAUGGAUGCUAUUUCAGGUGUCAUUUUCUUAGUGAGUUUCUUCUAAACAGAGCAGAUUAUUAUGGGAAGUUGCCCACUCUGUAAUAAUUCAGGCCUUUGCUUUUAGGAAGAGAAAAAAAAAAAACAUUUUGACUUACUAAAUGAAUUAUGAGUCUAGUAAUAAAAAUCAAUCCUGGGUUCUGAUGUGCCUGCUUUUAAUUCAGCUGUUUUCCAUUACCGGAAGGAGCAGUACUGAUACCACAUCUGUGAGUGCUGGAGAAGGUUUGUCACUGGUUCCAGUUAGAGGAGGGGGCUUGAAAACAUGCCCCUGGUGAUCAGGGAAUAGAGAGGAAAUAUGGGAAGAACUUCAGUGUAACAUCUGAAGGCUUUAAAGUGAAUCUCUUGGGAGAAAAAAAGUGAGAAAGGGAGAGUCAGAGCAGAAAAUGGAUAGGAAAUAAAAUGGUGCAGUUGCAUGAGUGCCACCAUGCCCAUUUCCUUGGGAAAUAUAUAAAAAAUGACAUCGUUGAUUUUAAAAGAUUCCCCCCCCCUUAUUUUUUUCUGUAAUGUUGAACUUCCUAUUAAGUAAACCUUAAGCUUGAUCUUUAAUUACUUUUCUGAUAACUUACUAGGGCAAGAGAAGAAGAUAUGUGUUGUGCUUUGACAUUCAAACAGCUCUGGCUCUGCUGUACUGGAAUGGACGCUUAGUUGCAUGGGGCUGUCAGAACAAUGACAAAUUAAAAUGAGGAAAGUGCCUGGCUCCUGCUUCCCACAGUGCAGAGCCACAGAUGCAUUUCAGAAAGCAGCCAGACCUCUUGUCAUGUACUUAGGUCAGAUCUGUACCCAUACAUGCUCAAAUGUAAGUUCAGAAUAAAACUUUGCACAAUAGCAGGAUUUAUCUCAUCAAACAGUUCAUCAUUCUGCUGAAAAUAAUAAAGAAAUGUGAUUAUAUCUGCCUGGCAGUUUCUAGCUGGUGUUGCUUGGACUUCUGUGUGCCCUGUGUUGUGCUCAAGACUCAGGUUAGUGUUUCUGAAGGGAUACCUCAUGUCAGCAGCCAGUGCUGGGCUCCAUGUGAGCUCUCGUGUGCAGUCAAGUGUUGAAGGGACCUCUGUUUCCUUUAGAUUUGUGUUGCUACAAUUUUCUAAUAGUAAUAGCUUAGGCCAAUAUCUGCGUGAACUUUGAGGCAACGUGGACUUUCUGUGCAGAUGCUUGACAUCUGUCAAACAGCCCAUGUAAGGUCAAAUUAUCGCUACAGUAAUGAUGAACCAUUUGCCUCAUGCUGCAGAACAGCUGCACAGGAAUCUAUUUCAACAAGAGGAGUGUUUCUAUGCGGUCACUAGGAAGUGAGAUUUUUUUAUGUUCCUUCCUGAGUCUAACUCGUAGACGUAUUUAAUUAGGGAGAUCGUUAAGGAGGACCUUUGAGAAGGGAAACUGCUACUUAAAGACAUGUUUAGAAAGGACAGGUAGUUUAGGCAGCAGAAUUUGUCUGUUCUUCUACCUACAAUUAAGCAGUGGAGUCAUAUGAAGUGACUGAAUCAAACAGGAGGUCAGAAUACUUUUUGUAUUUUAAACCUUGUAAUCUUUUGUUAGCUUAGAAGAGCAAAACUUCUAGUAUUCUUGAGAGAUGGCUUUAGAAACAUGUGGAAGCUGUUUGAGCUGUCUGCUGGUCCCUCUUGCACUUUGGAGCAUUGUUGUUAAUGUCCUUUUAUAUUUCCCUAAUGGGAAUGCUUCAUAUGUUGCUAGUUACCAGCAUCCCAACUAUGUGUGGUAUUUUGAAGGCAUCUGUUUCUCAGGUGUGAUGAUUCUUCUGUUGGCAAUAAUUCUCAUAGCACUGGAGUGUAAUGCAUUCUAUCGGUGCUGCCGAAGUGAGAGCUGUAACAAAACCUACAGAAGUUUUAUUUCAAUUGUGCUAGCCAUGCUUGGAGUUGCUUUCUCUGGAUACAGUUGCAUCAUUUUUACCUUGGGAUUGAUCCAAGGCCCUUUCUGCAAUUCAUCCAGUGGAUGGGAUUACAUCUUCAAAGAUACUGUUGGAGGAUACCUCACAGAUUACUCUGCUUGGUCUCAAUGUGCUGAACCUGCUAAUGCUGUGGAAUGGACCAUCAUUUUACUCUCUAUUCUGAUGACUCUUAGUGGACUGCAGUUGAUCAUCUGUUUUCUUAAAGUGGCUGCUGAGCUGAAACGUACACUGUGUGGGACCUAUUCUGUUUUUAUUCAGGCUGGGAUUCUCUGAAAACGGCAAAACGCUGAACCACUGUUUUCCUAAAGAAAACACUGUUUUCCUACCUGUUUAGUUGUCUCUGGCAGUGACUUUUUUUAACCCUCCAGCUUGGGUCUGAACCCUCAGGGAGGUCUGAAUACUGCAGAACUCCUUUUGUAGUAAAACCAUCUUUUUGGAAUAAACUGCUGUAUUUAUAGUACCCUCUUUUUGUUUAGAAAAUGAGAGUAUUUGUUCUGAAAGGGCCUGAUUCAAACCCUAGCAUGUCAAGAGAAAUUCUCCCUUGAGAAUUAAUGUGCUGGACGAAGCCAUGGUUUCUACAUGACUGAAUUUCAGUUACAGACAGACCACGAUAGUCAUGAGAGGCAGAAGCUCAUGCUGCAUUUUUUGUCCUAGAAGCUUAUUAACUGUACAAAGCAAUUUAUGAAAAAAAGUCUAGCAAGUCUUACCAAGGUAAGGCAUCUAGGCCUGAUUGAAGAUGAGAAAUGCAUCUUCAAAGUCAGCUAUACUAGUUAGUGUGCUUUAAUAGGUGCCUUGGGAUUCUUUUUUACUCAAGAGACAGGCUUUUUUUUUUUUUUUUUCUUUUAAUCGAGUAUUAUGAGAAUUUUGGAAAUAUAUGAGGAAACCCUGUGAAUAUCGAGUGCUAGCUUGUUAAUACUUGUAAGUAUCCUGACUCUGCUGCAGGAGAAGGCUGGCAUUCUUGCCGAUAUCUUGCCAAUAACAUUCAGAAUUUCAGUAAUUUAAUUCUGUUUCAAGACAAUUCUGAGAUUUUUGUAUUGAUAUUCCUCUGGCAGAUAUUUUGAAAAGCUGGUUUCUUUCUUCAGGAAUUAAGUAAUGUUUUUUAAAUUUAGUUUAUAUGAAGUUGAAAGAAGUAAUAAAAAGUUACUGAUGUUU